AUGCCGUAUGAAAAGAUCGCGGUUACCGAUGCAGACGUGGGCGCAUUCCAGCACCGGUACUACUUCAAGAAGCAUGGUGCCCAGCUUCCACCAAAGGUGUGGAAGGAGUUCAAGGCCUUGAGGAGGCAGGUUCACUUGAAUGAGGGCGAUGUUCAUGCGCGGUCCUUCUAUCAAGUGCGGCUUCAGGAUGAUGGGGCUCCUACGCCGAAGAAUGUAAGCAACACGCUCGUCCUGGCAGGCAGCUAUGGCUUGAACGACAGCGCUUUGACCGAGUUUGGGACCACGAACACCGAUGGCUUCCAAGUAGCCAUGGUGGACAACACGGAAAGCAAUGAUUUCCGAGGCAGGCUGCCCUACAAGGACUGCUUUGCCAUAGCGGGCAGUGACGUGGACGUCGCAGAUGCGAUCAAGUUUCUGGUCAGCUGCAAGGCGCCCUACAAUGACCCCGAGAACAUCCGGAACUUGUGCGGCGCGCGGCGUGGUAAAGGCGAAGGCAAGGGCAAGGGGAGACGCCCGGCACCGUACUGA